AUGUUUAGACUGCCUCAAGGGAGCGCAAGCACCGAACCCCUUGUCGCCGAAGACCAAAAAGGCUCUGAGCAAUCUGGCGAUCAAAACGAAAAAUUCACCUUGUGGUGUAAACAGAUAGUUCCACUCUCAGGAUCCAUCAAAAACCGCAGUGUACAUUGGAGGAAUAAAGUGCAUAAAACCAGGACGGCUUCCAACGAAGUAGAGGAGACAGGCAAUACAAUAACGCCAGCGUUACAGGCCAGACCUUUAAAAUCGUCAAUAUUGCGGCAGGUUUUUACUCACAAGUCUGUUGCACUCAGUGCUCAAUCGCAGAAAACUCAGCAAGCAAGUACAGAAGCAUCUAACACGACGCACUACUCAAAAGCACAACUACACUCAGACUUCACCUAUAAUUCAACAGGGAGCAGCGGGUCCUCUACCGCAGAUAAUGCCAAUGUUGGGAGCAGUGGUGAUGCUCAAGAUGCUUUUGAUGACUUCAAUCGAACUGAAGUUGGGCCCGAAUGUGCAACACUCGUCUCUCGUCCCUCCCCCAGCUCUGCCUGCACAAGCGUUGCCCCACCAGAUGAUGAUGGUAAACUCAUUGACGUAAAUACGCGCAUAUGUACUGAGUUAAUUAACGACCGAAUUAAAAGAAGCUGCAAGAAGUUACCGAAGGGUAUUGGUACUGGUGUGCUUCUCUCAACACCAGCUACCAGAGUGCUACUAGCCAGUCUUUCCAUUAGUGGUGGGGGUGGUGGUGAGACAUCAGCAGGGGUGAAGACCGGCACAGGACCUGACAUAAUACCUUCGAUGUGUAAAAGUGCACGAAGUGAUUGGCGGGAGUCAGGAGUGCAAUUUCAGAAAGAAUCUUCGAAGACCACCAUCGCUUUGGCGCCACUCUUGACUGAACCAGCAAGCUCAGUAGCGCAGAUGGGCAAGGCCAAAAAGGAUACGGUUGCAGGGCUAAAAUUGGCGUCUGGAAAUGGACUUGUUUUUAAGAGUCAACUUCAUGACAAGGAGUAUGUAUUCCUCAAUGCUGCCGAGUUUGGUGAGGUUGAGAUUGUUCGAGAACUGCUAGAUGAUCCCACCUUGAAUGUUGACUGCGUGGACUACAUGGGGAGGAAUGCAGUUUUACUGGCAAUGAAGACUGAAAAUAUUGAACUAAUUGGAGCUUUGGUUGGAAGAUUAAGUUUUUAUGCAGUUGAAGACGCCCUUCUAAAUGCCAUUAGUCAGGAGAAAAUCCACAUAGUGAAACUUAUCAUUGACCACCCCCAGUACAUUCGUAUGGAAAAGAUCAUGUCGCCUAGAGGUCAGCGAGCUGGCCUGAUAGGCAAGUGUACCGAGAGAUCGCAGUUCUCUGCUGACAUAACUCCCCUCAUGCUGGCUGCGCAUACGAACAAUCACGAGAUCAUUCAACUCCUGCUCGAUCGCGGUUUCAAACUCGAAAUGCCACAUGAUAGGAGUUGCCUCUGCUUGGAUUGCGAAUCCAUGAGGGCCCAGGCAAGCCAUCGCUAUUUCCUGAACUCAAAAACGCUAGGCAGAUUCCUUGAUCCUGGAGAUGCAACGACUGCACACCUACCAAGCACUGACCAGCUCGGCCUACUUGGCCCUCACCACCUGCGAUCCUGUAUCCUCCGCCUUCACGCUUCGAGGAGAACUUUAUCAACUCGCUUCCCAGGAAAAGCAGAGGAGUAUUCCCGAUUAGCAGUUCAGUCGAUGAACUUUGCGGUGAGCUGCCUGGAUUUAUGCAGAACAUCCGACGAGGUGCACUCCCUGCUCACCGCCAACGACAUCACGCCAGACGGAGACACACAGUAUCACCUUGCCACAAUUAAGCAUGCGGUUCAGUGUCGUGAAAAAAAGGCACGUCUCAUCUCUUGUAAUUUUCUCUCGCUUUAUCAUCAACUGGAGAAUACAUUCUACGGCAACAUGUUCUGCAUUCGCGAUUUCGAGGGAUGGCAGCGCCUUCAAUUCUUCCUCGUCUUUACUCCCCUUCUGCCUCUUCUCUACAUAACCUAUUUAUUUCUCCCAAAUCUGAAGGUUCCCACUCCUCAGAGUCUGAUGUUCCGCCAAACAAUUACUGGAAAACUGCAGGUGGGCCAGUUGUUGCGCUGUCCCAUUAUCAAAUUUAUGGGCCACAUGCUCUCCUACUUCACCUUCCUACUGCUCAUAACGGUGGCAACCUUUCGACUGGACAAGGACAAUGACAAAGCCGAGUAUCCUGACCUCUGGAAGGUGCGCGCCAUUCAGAUUUGGAGCUAUGACUUCCGCAAUAGCCAGCAGGUCAUGACGAAAAUCCACAUUCUUUUGCUCUUUUGGAUAUUAGGACAACUCUUUGGAGAGUGCAAACAGGUCUACCAUUAUGGUCUGCAAGAUUACUUCCGCAGCUACUACAACAUCAUGGACUGGGUUUCAGUGUCGCUCUACUUGGGCGCAUUCGCGCUGCGAAUUCUUGUGGACCUCAGAGUCCAGGCGACCCAGAAAAUUUUCCAUCAUCGGCUCUUAUAUGCACAGGCUCUGUUGCUGAAUGCUAGCACCGUGCUUAUGGACCAUGACGCAUCCGUGUUUGAAGUCAAAUUGGGAACCAAUCCGCAGCACAACUACAUCGCCUACCGCAAUUAUUUACUUUCUGACGGUACCGCAUACUGGCUCCGAGGAUGCAGACUGUGGUGGGCCCCUGACGAUCCGGAGUACGUCUCGGACUGCCUAUUUGCGCUGGCCAAUGUUCUUUCGUUUGCGCGGGUGAGCUACUUGAUGCCGGCCUGGGAACUUCUCGGACCUUUGCAAAUUUCAUUGGCACGAAUGGUUUCUGAUAUUAUUCGCUUCUUGACCCUUUUUUCCGUGAUGCUGAUCGCAUUUGUAGUCGGACUGACGAACCUGUACUGGUAUUUCGCAAAAAUGAUAAUCGCCAUCGAUACCAAAAAGGGAGCACCGACUGCAGCACCAGCAACGAUUCGCUAUGCCAGCGGGGUCCCUGCAUUUCAGAGUUCUACUGCAACUUUCCACACUCUGUUUUGGGCGUUGUUUGGGAUGUCUUCCAAUAAUGUGACGAUGGUGGAGGAAGAACUGGCCAGCGUCUAUCCAGGACAUGAACAUCUUCGAGUGAACAAUGCCGCCUUUAUGAUAUCAAGCCUAGGCUCAGUUCUCUAUGGUGUCUACAAUGCAUGCAUGAUAAUUAUUCUUCUCAACAUGCUUAUUGCCAUGAUGAGCAAAUCAUUCGACGAGAUUCAGGGCGAUCGCCUAGAAGAGUGGAAAUUUGCCCGUGCAAAUCUGUGGUUGGUCUAUAUCGAACAUGAGGGCGUACUGCCGGCUCCUUUGAAUCUUCUUCCCUCCCGUGUCGCCAUUACGAAGAUUAUUCGACGAAUCCACAGAACGCUUAUCAGCUGCAGGAUUGAGAGAUCUGGAGGGCACAGGCUACGGGACACUGAAGCAGAAGAAUAUAUCGGCGAAGGAGAAGACAUAACUUUGAAGAUGACUUGCCAAAAUGCGUUUUCGAUGUCAAAUCUCAAAUCAAAUAAGAGUAGUAGUCUCGGAGCCCGAUAUUUCCAACUCAGAAGAAGCGGAGACCUCGAGGCACACCUCACUCAAGUGAAAUGUAACAUCAUGCGACGUUACUUGUUCCAGCUUCAGAAGCAAAAGGAAGCUGAAAACAAAUCUGGAGACUUAGCAAUGCUUAAUAUCCAACGCCAACAACAACAGCAGCAGCAGGAGUUUCGAGCUACGCCUUUAAGUUCCUCCUCGAUGUCGAAGGAGCAUGCAUCGACAAAUGAAUUUGAGCACUCGGACUUGAUGUCCACCUACGUCAAUCAGGUGAAGGAAGCUGAGGUUCGUGAACCGAUGGACACCUCUGUAGGAGAAAUUCCAUCUAGCGGUGUAGCAGCCUCAGCUGUUGAUAAACGUCUAAGGGAGACACAGUACGCGCGUUCCUUGGCGAAGACUUGUAACCGCGGCAUCAGUUCUUUACUCAUGCCACCCUCGGUACGUCGCAAGCUCAAAGCAGUGGCAGAGGUGCAGCGCCACGCCAACUCGAACACUUCACCGCGUUCGCAGGAUGCCGAGACGGCGUUGCGGUUUCUUUUACUCGAAACAACCCGUCGUCCCAUGGAAAUGUCAAAUCUCUUGUCAGUUUCACCAUGUGCUGGACAAAGUUUUAAUCCGGAUAGUUUCGACAGUCAAUUCACAGCACGGAUCGAGAGACCAUUGAAGCACACACACCUGAGGGAGUUGUACAAGGUGGAGCAAGAGAUGCAUGACAUGUCAGACGCCUUGUCAUCAGUAUCAUUCACUAACUCCACUAUGUCGGAAGUGAAUGAACUUGAAGCCUUGCCGUUUGAAAACACACAGUAA